AUGGAUCGGACCUAUAAGCCCGCGCAAUCAGCACCUAUCGUACGCCUUAUGGUCCUCGAGACCGACAAGCCUCACCCAGACACGUACUCGGAGCGCGGCUCCUUUGGCCAGAUUGUACACAAUCACUUUGCCAAGGCUGGAGCCGCCCAUCACCCGCCUCUGGGUGUAGAGACAGAUCAAGUCUUUGUCGUCUCCGAACAAGGUGGACGGAUCCCGACCGUGCAAGAUUUCGAUCGCUUUGACGGGUUGCUCAUUACGGGGAGCGUGUACGAUGCCCACGCGAACAAUGAAUGGAUCCUGAAGCUGCUGGAGCUCCUUAAGACACUCUGGAUCAAGCGCCCCGACUUCCGCUUCCUGGGCGUCUGCUUCGGCCACCAGCUCCUCGCCCGUCUCCUCGGCGGGUCUGUCGGGCCCGCGCCCUCACAAGACUGGGAACUCGGUCACUGCCGCAUCACGCUCACACCCGUCGGCCAGCGCCUCUUCCGUACGCGCGAGGACCACGUCCAUCUGCACCAGAUGCACCAGGACCAUGUCGUCUUGCCGCCCACGGCCGCGUUGGCGGGACCCGACAUGCUCUCCCCGGAUACCGAGAUCGCGUGCUGGGGCCGUAGUGAGCAUACACCGGUUCAGGGCCUGUACAUCCCGAACCGGCUAUUCACUACGCAGGCGCAUCUGGCGUUUGACGAGGACAUGGUGAAACGACAGAUCCAGAUUAGGGUGGAUGGCGGCGGGAUCAAGGACCUCGAGCACGCGGAUCGGGCGGCCGAGACGGCGCAUCUGGAGCACGAUGGCGUCGAGGUUGCCAAGGCUAUACUGCGGAUUUUUGUGUAUGACGACGAUGGAAUGGACUAG